AUGGGCAAUAAUCCAGUCUUUGCCGUCACAGUGUUCUUCAUUUGGUUUAGAGAGUGUCUGGAGACGACAGUGGUUGUAUCUGUCUUGCUUGCAUUCUUGAAACAGACCCUGAGCGCAGAUGAAGAUCAGGCAACUUACAAGAGACUUGUGCGCCAAGUCUGGGCAGGAUGUGCGUGCGGGCUAUUCCUUUGUCUUGCCGUCGGUGGUGGUAUGAUCGGUGCUUUCUAUGGUCUCGGCACCGAUACUUUCUCCAGCACGGAGGACAUCUGGGAGGGCGUCCUCGGUAUCAUCGCGUCGCUGAUUAUCACCAUCAUGGGCGCUGCUCUUCUGCGCGUUUCUAAGCUCCAAGAAAAAUGGCGCCUUAAGCUAGCUAAGGCUCUCGCGCACGAGAACAACCCCAAUGAAUCGCGCAAGGGUCGGAUAAAGAGAUGGUUAGAAAAGUAUGCCAUGUUCAUUCUGCCCUUUAUUACAGUUCUACGUGAGGGUUUGGAGGCUGUUGUCUAUGUUGGUGGUGUCGGGCUCGGUCUUCCUGCCACCUCUUUCCCCCUAGCUGUGGUCUGUGGCCUUGCAGCUGGAAUUGCGGUGGGAUAUUUGAUCUACCGUGGUGGUCGUGAGACAUCCAUGCAAAUUUUCCUGAUCAUCUCCACGUGCUUCUUGUAUCUCGUCGCGGGUGGUCUCUUCUCGCGUGGCGUGUGGUACUUUGAAAACAACACCUGGAACAAGAUCAUUGGUGGCGAUGCAUCCGAGACUGGCUCUGGUGCAGGCUCUUACAAUAUCAAGCAAAGCGUAUGGCACGUCAACUGCUGCAACCCGGAAUUGGGCGGCGGUGGAGGCUGGGGUAUCUUCAACGCUUUGCUUGGCUGGACCAACUCGGCCACUUACGGAUCUGUGAUUUCUUACAACUUGUACUGGAUCUGUGUAAUGGUCGGUUAUGGUUUGAUGUUCUAUCGGGAACGUCGGGGUUCCCUCCCUAUCAUUGAUCCCGCGAUGGAGAAGGUCACCGGCUACAAGGCCAAGACCAGGGCAUUUAUUCUCCGCAGGCCGUACGAGGAGCCUGCUGUUGCAGGACCUAGUGGUGUUUUCGAGCAUGUUGCUACAGAGAAGCAGAAAGCUUCUGGUGAUGGUGUUUCCACUAUUGUCAAGUCCACUGAAGCUUGA